AUGGCGGAUAAUGGCAGCUCAGGUGCGCCUCCGUUGGAGGUCACGAAUGCAGUGCUCGUCAAAUCCGAGGAAAUGCCCAAGGAUGCCCAAAAGGUGGAAGAGCUCGACUUUAACAAGCUGAAAGGGCCCAUUACCGCAGAGGAUUUGUUCCUGGGUAUGAGGAACAUGGGAUUCCAGGCAACAUCCAUGAGCGAGGCUAUAAGGAUCAUCAACGACAUGAGGGCGUGGAGAGAUCCCGAAACGGGAGACAAGACGACCAUCUUUCUCGGAUACACCUCCAAUCUCAUCUCAUCUGGUCUAAGGGGUGUCUUUCGGUGGCUGGUGGAGCACAAGCAUGUCUCAUGCAUUGUCACGACGGCCGGAGGCGUAGAGGAGGAUUUCAUCAAGUGUCUCGGUGAGACAUACAUGAGCUCAUUCAGUGCCCCCGGCGCAGACCUGCGGAAAAAGGGCCUCAACCGCAUCGGGAACCUCGUCGUACCCAACGCCAACUACUGCGCUUUCGAGGACUGGGUGGUGCCCAUCUUUGAUAAGAUGCUGGAGGAACAGGAGGCCAGCAAAGGAACCGAGGACGAGAUUCACUGGACGCCGUCAAAGGUCAUCCACCGACUGGGCAAGGAGAUUAAUGACGAGCGAUCAGUCUAUUACUGGGCGUACAAGAACGACAUACCUGUCUUCUGUCCCGCGCUGACGGACGGCAGCCUUGGAGAUAUGCUCUACUUUCACACGUUCAAGACCUCACCACAGCAGCUCAGGAUUGACCUCGUGGAGGAUAUUCGACGCAUUAACACGAUUGCCGUUCGCGCGAAGCGAGCAGGCAUGAUCAUCCUGGGAGGAGGUGUCGUGAAGCACCACAUUGCAAAUGCAUGCCUCAUGAGAAAUGGUGCGGAAUCUGCCGUAUAUAUCAACACAGCGCAGGAGUUUGACGGCAGUGACGCCGGUGCGCGGCCUGACGAAGCAGUAUCAUGGGGUAAGAUCAAGAUUGGCGCAGAUAAUGUCAAGGUCUAUCUCGAGGCGACAGCAUGCUUUCCAUUUAUCGUGGCGAAUACAUUUGCAAAAGACAUCUAG